AACAUUAAUCAUUAGUUUUAUUUCUUAUGAAAAGCCAUUAACAUUGUGUUGUUAAGCAGUUAUCUAUUUAAUACACUCAUUACAAUGCAUAUUAUGCAGAGACAUUUUGAAUUUGACCAAAACAAAGAAAAUCAUUACCAGGAAUAUGAGGAAUUGAUUUCUUUAACCUCAAUUUAAAUUCAAUCAAAUUCAAUCUGAACGCUCUUAUUCCACAAAUUAACUCCACAAAUGAGUGAAUAAUAUUAAAGAUUAAACGAAUAUUUUGAAUUUAAAAGAGCUAAUUUUAUUUCUACUUUGAUUAAUUAAUGAAGAUUACUUUAAUUCCUGGUUGUUAUACAGUGCAAUCACUUUGUGGUCCUCAAACGGGGGAUCCACUGCAAACAAGAUAAGGGAUACUCACCGAAGACAGCUGAAAUUAACAUAACUGACUAAUUAAAAGAGAAAGCUUCUGGUCAGAAAACCUUAACUGUGUUCUUAGCUCGAUAAAAACAAAGCUAGGGAAAACAUUUGUAAAUAACCAAGUGCGGUUUUUUUUUUCGGACAUAAACUUCUUAAAUUGUUUUAUUUAGAUAUUUGAAUUUAUAUUAAGAACGCCAUGAAACAGAAUCGCACGCAGAAUUUAUUCAAGACCAUCUACAACUGAAACAUUAUCCAAAUGUAAUUAAGCCUUUAGUAUAUCGAUACAAAUCACAACCCAUUAGAUCUCCAAACAAGUCGGGAAAUCCUCUAACACAAAGGCUUUAUAUAUGCCUAAUUUGUUGAUGGACCCUUCCAUUAAAAGUUAAGUACUUUACAGUAGUGCUCAGGGUUCUUUUUGGGGUGUUUCAUUUAAUAGCAAUUCAUUAUGUACUUUAUCGAUUAUGUAUACAGAACUUCAUAUUGUUAUUCUCUUUGAUGUUCUUUUAAAUCCGUUUUAUUAUUAUAAGUAACACGACAUUGUCUGCAGGACCAAAACUUUAAGAUUUUCAUAAGUUAUAGCAGUUUAGAAGGAAAUCUUAGCUAUAAUUUGACAUUGGAAUAAAUACUAUUUAAACAAUUGAUUCGGAUAUACAAUGUGUAAUGUUCUGUAGACACAAAAUGAUAUCAUGGUUGACAGUAGUAGUUUUGAGCUGCUUUAUCAAUAGAGGGCUCAUCUUUGCCUAUACGCUCCAAGAUGAACAAACUCUCCAUUCUGCCUUACUCACCGGAUACAAUAAGGGUCUUCGGCCGGGAAUUGAUAGAACCAUUCCUAUGAUUCUCAACAUGACAUUUCUUUUGUUUUCCAUUAAAGAAUUGGACAUAAGCACUGGUGAAUUUUCUGUGACUGGGGUUUUUGUUCUGAAAUGGAUAGACGAGAGACUUUCUUGGAAUCCGGCAAGUUACAACCAAACAAAUACGACUGUCAUCUUGCAGAGUCAGCUGUGGCUUCCAAAUCUCAUCAACGUGAACCCUUUUCAGGAUAUAACUGGUCUUCGACACGACGAACUAUCUAUUAUUGUAGACUACACUGGACUAUGUACUUGGUUUGCUAUUAAGACGUUUGAAAGUGUGUGUUACACUGAUGUCACUAAGUAUCCCUUUGACACCCAAGUCUGUAGCAUAAAGUUCUAUGUUUGGGGAUAUUCAUACAAUCAAGAUAUUGAUUCCACAUUUGUUUCACCAAAAGUCCUUCUCACACUGUACUCUGAGAAUGGAAUAUGGGAGGUCCACGAUUCAGCAACGUACACGCAGAUGAAUAUCUACAAUGACAAAGAAAUUAUAGUCGAACUAACCCUUGAACGCAGAACUUCAUAUUAUAUUGUAAGCUUGAUACUCCCGUUAGUUUUUAUCACGUUUCUGACGAGUUUUGUUUUCCUUCUACCACAGGAUUCAGGAGAGCGAUUAGGAUUUUCCCUUACAGUUUUACUGUCGGUUGUUGUGUAUCUCACAAUCAUUCAAGACAUUCUACCUGAGGCAUCAGAACCUCAUGUGUCCAUCCUUGGCAUUUUCCUUUCCAUUUUUGUCGCCCACGGAACACUUGUAGUUAUUGUAGUCAUUAUUAACCUGCGUAUUCAGAACCAGCGUAGUCAAAAACCGGUACCCAAGUUUAUCAACCGACUCAUCCUUUUUGUACGAAGAAAGGAUUUAGAUAUGGUAGAGCCCUUGGGUUCAAAGAUAGAAUUAGAUUACAAUGAGGAGGAUAAUGUACUGACAUGGUCUGAAGUGGCGAAUGAUCUUGAUUUAAUUUUCUUCGUAGUUUUGCAAGUUGUGUUUUGUAUUUUGAGUAAAUGUUUUUUCUUAAGUGUUUUGACGUAGGCUGUUCUCUUUUUUAUUAAAACACCAACGAUAAGUCGAGUUUUCAUUGAUUAAACCUAAAUCUGAAAGCGGUCUUAGAAAUAGCAUCGAUGCGUUAUUACUAU